AUGUCCGAACAAAUUGAUGUCCUUCUGUAUGGCCUAGGAGCCAUCGGCUCCUUCUACGCAUUCAUUCUUAGCCGUUCCGACCAUGUGCGAUUGACAGUUGUUGCACGAUCAAAUUAUGACGCGGUUUCCGCUAAUGGAAUCACGAUCAACAGUGAGAACCACGGCAAGCACACGUUCCGCCCAUACCGAGUUGUGAGAACACCCGCGGAGGCAUCACCAGUGGACUAUAUCGUAUGCGCCCACAAGGCUAUCGAUCAAGAGGACGUGGCAGCGCAAUUGAAGCCAGCUGUUGAAGAUGGUCGUACUACUUUCGUGAUUAUUCAGAAUGGCGUGGGAAACGAAGUACCCUUCAGAAACCAGUUCCCUAGAUGCUUUAUUUUGACCUGUGUUACCUGGGUGGGUGCCACGCAGAUCAGCCCUGGCAUUGUCAACCACACCAAGUCCGAGGAUAUGCAGAUUGGCCUAUAUCCAAAUGACCGGCUCGACGCUGCGAUCGAGAGCCAGCGACUGGGGACUUUCGUCAACCUACUCCAGCACGGAAAGACUCGAUUCAAGGUCCUCGAAGAUAUGCAGCAACAGCGAUGGGAAAAGGUUGUUUGGAAUGUCGCAUGGAAUUCUAUCACCGCGCUUACGCUGGUGGAUACUCAAACCUGGCUACAUUCAUCUACAGAUGCAGAGCCAUUUACUCGGCGGUUGAUGCGGGAAGUGAUCAGUGUGGGUCGUGGCUGUGGUGUGAACCUGGAUGACGGCUUGGUGGACAAGCUUAUGGAUAAGAUCAACGCUAUGCCGGGUAUUGGCAGUAGCAUGCAGACUGACUGUAAGAAUGGGCGACCUAUGGAGAUUGAUGUGAUUCUUGGAUUUCCUGUGCGAAAAUCCAAAGAGCUAGGCAUCCCAACUCCCUAUAUGGAGACUCUGUAUUUGCUUUUAUGCGCAGUGGAUGGUCGAAUCCGAGCAGCCCUGUGA